AUGGCUCAAGUACUUCAACUCUCUCUCAUUUAUGCGGCAGCAGUUGCUUUCAUGUUUCAACAAUGUUGUGAUGGGAAGUUGAUGAUGGAGUACAUAGGAGCCACUGGAAUUCCUAUAACAUUUGACUCUGUACCGAUUGACAGUGCGAUCGACUUCCAUUUCAUACUCGGGUUUGCGAUUGAUGCAGACUCAUCAGGCAAGCAACAAAAUGGGAUAUUCUCACCAUAUUGGCAAUCUACAUUAACCCCACAAUCUGUUGCAGCCAUCAAGCAAAAACACUCUAAUGUUAAAGUCAUGGUAAGCCUCUCAGGUUGGAGCUUGGGUGAUCAAGUCCUUCACUGGUACAAUCCAAUAAACCCAAAAAAAUGGGUAUCUAACGCUGUCUCGUCACUUGGCUCGAUAAUCACCACUUACCAUCUUGAUGGCAUUGACAUAGACUACGAAAACUUCCCAAACCCGACGAGCAGUAAUUCAUCGAGUUCUUUUGCUUUUUGCAUUGGCGAGCUCAUCACUGGCUUGAAAAACAAAGGACUCGUUUCUGUUGCUAGCAUUGCACCGUUUUACAGUACAACUGCGCCAUAUGUUCAGCUCUUUGAUAGCUAUGCAGAUGUUAUAGACUAUGUCAAUCACCAGUUCUACACUGAUAAGGUUACUACCGCGAAGGGAUAUCUGCAAGCGUUCAAACUUCGAGCCACACAAUUUGGAAAGGAAAAGUUGUUGCCUGCCUAUGAAGUAGAUGGAAGAGGAAUUCAAGGGGAUGCCUUUUUUGAUGCUUUGACACUGUUGCAGACAAAUGGAUUCGAAAUUAAUGGGGUCAUGAUCUUCUCAGCGGAUGCUUCUUCUAAAAACAACUUUUACUAUGAGAGAAAAUCACAAGCUUUCUUGCUCAAUUCUACUAGUAGUACUAACUAG